UUACACAGCUCUCCUGGCGAGUUAUUCUAAUAGGCUGGAGAUUACCUCUAGGGAACUUGCUAGAUCAAAAACAUCUACGAGGUUCCUUCUAUGCGCCUUCACUUCAUCUCAUUCGAAACUGAAUCUGCAUCACUUUGUCAUUAAUGUUGAGAAAACAGAGAUAACUCUUGAAAGUUCAAGCUUUAUUGCAGUCAUUUUCUUUGCUUUUUGACGUGAUAAACAUCCUCUAAGGAAAUCGAUUUUCUUAAACUUUCGAGAGCCCCCCUGAAGUUGCUGUCUCAAAACAUGUAGGGGGUACGCGCGCGUAUGAUUUCCCGCGCUUUUUAGAGCUAUUGUGUCUUUUUCCCGCCUUUUUUGCCCUACAGCCCUAAGUUAGCUUUUACCUUAUUUAGAAAUGACCUGCAGGUUAAAACAUUCUUCAAAGAAUCGAUUUAGGAAUGUCCAAUUCAACAAAAACACAAUAAAUAAUUAAUGCUAGAACUACUACAAAUCGAUAUGAGCAGAAUUUUGAGAUUUGCAGCGCAUGCUAUUGGUAAUAGCUCGCUCCAUUAUCAUACAAGCAGAUCACCACAAUCUGCUACAAACGACAGAUCCACUUUUAUCACAGAUUUAACCAAGCUACGCUACUUGUAUUUCGUGCUCCUUGUUUUGCAAGACGCAAAAGUUAUUUUUGAAGUUCUCUACAAAUACACAGCCAAAGAUUGCGUGCAAGCUUAUCCCGGUAUCCCGGGUAGAGGUGGCACGUCUCUAUCAGUCCCUCUCACGCGACAGCGUCAAGCAACGAACCGCACUAAGGUCACGCGAACUAAGGUGAGGCAAGGCCAUUUAAAAACAGCAGAGCAGAUUAAUAACGCUUCCUCGAUCAGACGCGCGCAUCACCCAUAACCACAAGCGGGUAGAUUAUAGCCGAUUGUACCUUAGCAUUGGAAUAGGUAAUAUUUUUAUUAAUGGUCAUAUUUGUGAUUGCCUUGAAAAUAUAAACACUUGAUUGUUUUUAUUUUAAUUUUUUGUUUGUUUGUUAAGCAAUAACAAAAGAUCGGCAACUCUUAAGAGGUGGCCAUCCUCCAAGAAGUCCCUCCAAGAGUCAUUUUCCAUAUACCAUUGAGAAAGAAUGAAAGAGCUUGCGUACUCAUUGCAUCUUAGCUUCAUAAUGCAAAUGCGCGUAGCAUUCACAAAGUCUUUUGAAGAGUAGACUGUAUUUGCAAUCUUAUGCUCUUAUAGUUUAUUUGGCACAGUACAUGCUAUUAGCUACGAAACAGUGUUUCGUGAUUUUUCUAUUUUCUCCAGAAUAAAGCGUCAUCACUCCCAUGGGGGAGGGAAAUAGA